AAAGUGAUGAUGUUUUUAUUUUGAAAACAUGUGUGUUGUGUUUACGAAAUAAAAUGAAUAAGCUAGUCAAUGGUUUUCGAUGCAAUUCCGGCCUAAGAAUUCAUUGGGUUCGAUUUUUGACAAAGAAUUGCUGUUUAAAUAAUGAAUUCAAUGUUAAAACCAUCGAUGUCAGAUCUUCGUUGCAGAAGACAACUAAAUUUGAAUCGUUUGUUUUUCGAUCAUUCUUCGGUGAACUUGAUGCCGAUUAUUUGAGUUUUCCGAAACUUGUUGAAAAUGACGAGGAAAGCCGAAUAUUGAAUCAGCAGUAUCAAUUUGUUCAGGAGAAUUUUAUGGAUCUAUGUUCGGAUCCAAAUCGAUUGAAACAGUGUGGAUUUUUUGAACUUUCCACAUUAACUGAAACGGAAAAAGUGCGGUUGUUUGAAGCAAUGGGAUCAUCGUUGGAAUUCAAAAAACGACAGCCAAAUGAAUCGACUGGAGAAUUGAUAAAAUUGGAUCAACUUUCUGUAACUGAUAGUUUUCUAACAAGUUAUAAAGAGAAGAAACAAUUCCUGAAAACAAUCAUACCGUUAUUGAUUCGAAAUUCAAUCAUACUGAACACCAUUCAAAACAGCAACAAUGACAGUUUGCGUGAACAAAUAAUGUCUGAUUUCAAAAAUAUACGCAUCGCAUUAGCAUUCGAUGAACCGAACGACACAUUCAUGUCACCACCGUAUCCAUUCUGGCAAUCGACUGCUCAUUUCGAUUCGCAAACAAAUAGUUGGCUAUUGAAUGGAAAAAAAUCGAGAAUUCCUAACGAUGGUGGUGAUUAUGAUUAUUAUCUUUUGUUCUGUCGCAUCAAACAAAGCAAUGAUUGUGGUAUCGGCUCAUUUCUUAUACCGACCGAACAGUUGAGCAUCGAGCCCGAUGGAACAGAUAAUUACGGAACUCGAUUUGAAUCGAUUACGUUCAAAAAUUUAAAUGUAACAAAAGACGAUUCGGAAGUGCUGAUUGAUAAUCGGGCAACAAUGUUGCUCAAUAUGAAAGCAUCUGGUCAUUUGUCGAUAUCGGCUAUUUUGUUGGGCAUUAUGAAGCAAGUAUUGAAUAAUGUGAUUGACAUUAGUAAUCAACAAACAUCAACAUUAUUCACCAAUCAUGUUACCCGAUUAUCGGAGAUGAUUUAUUCACUGGAGUCGGUUCUAUAUUUAACAAGUUCACAUUAUGAUACAUUCGAAUUGGAUCAAAUCGAUCUAUAUCUGCAGGCUAUGGUUGUCAAAAUUCUGGCAGCCGAAUAUUGCGAACAAAUGGUUCGAUGGAUCCGACUAUAUUAUCAACCACGGCAAUUAUCGCGGAUUGUGUCGCAAGAUAUGAAUGACGUGAUCAAUGUUGUCAGCAGUGUUCUCGAUACACCAGCAUCAUUACGAAUGUUAUUGGCCAGUUAUGGACUUCGCAGUGUGGGUCAGUGGCGAUAUGAUCUUCUAGUGAAACUACGUCUGAAUCGAAUCUAUCCGAUAAAUUAUUGGAAAUAUCAAUUUGAACGAUACAGGAGAAGAUUUCAUCUUCGCUACCCGCAAGCUUAUGAUGGUUUCAAUGCAUUGCAGACCUUGCCUACUUUGCUCAAAGAUUCGGCCCACCGAUUGAAGCAGGUUCUGGAAAUUGAAAACAAUAUGGCCGAUAAUAUUCUGCGAAUAUAUGGCAAGGAAUGUGUCAAAAACCAGAUUGACAUGAAUCGAUUCUCAUCGAUAACGAUGAAUGCAUUUCAAAUGGUUUCGGUUAUAUCACGAACCAACGAUAGUUUACGUCGACAAUCCCCACUCGCCUCACAGGAAUUGAAAUUGUGUGAAAACAUUUGCCGAAAGGCCCAUCAAGAGGUAAUCGAAUUGGAAAAGCUGAUCGAAGGCAUCGAAGAAAUAAGCGAAGAAAGAAGAACGAAAAUCGUUCAUCAAAGUAAUAUGAGAUUCGAUGGAUAUUUUGCCCGUCCUACGUUCGAUCGUGUUGUCUGAAUAAAGUGUAAAGUUAUCGAAUGAUCAA